AUUUUUAUACAUUUGGGUUUCACCAUGUAGAAAUUACAGCAGUGUUUAUACAUAGUCCCCCCAUUUCAGGGCACCAUAAUGUUUGGGACACAGCAAUGUCAUGUAAAUGAAAGUAGUCAUGUUUAGUAUUUUGUUGCAUAUCCUUUGCAUGCAAUGACUGCUUGAAGUCUGUGAUUCAUGGACAUCAGCAGUUGCUGGGUGUCUUCUCUGGUGAUGCUCUGCCAGGCUUGUCUUUCAGCCAUCUUUAGCUUAUAUUUGUUUUGGGGGCUAGUCCCAUUCAAUUUUCUCUUCAGCAUAUAAAAGGCAUGCUCAAUUGGGUUCAGAUUGGGUAAUUUACUUGGCCACUCAAGAAUUGUCAAUUUUUUAGCUUUGAAAAACUCCUUUGAUGCUUAGCAGUGUGUUUGGGAUCAUUGUCUUGCUGUAGAAUGAACUGACGGUCAAUGAGAUUUGAGGCAUUUGCUUGAACGAGCAGAUAAGAUGUGUCUAGACACUUCAGAAUAUCAUUAUGCUACUACCAUCAGCAGUUGUUUCAGCAAUGGAGAUAAGUGACCCAGUACCUUCAGUAGCCAUACAUGCCCAGGCCAUAACACCCCCACCACCGUGUUUCACAGAUUAAGUGGUAUGCUUUGGAUCUUGGGCAGUUCCUUCACUCUAUACUUUGUUCUUACCAUUACUCUGAUAUAAGUUAAUCUUCGUCUCAUCUGUCCACAAGACCUUUUUUUUCCCCCAGAAAUGUAGUUGCUCGUUUAAGUACUUCUUGGCAAACUGUAACCUGGCCAUCCUAUUUUUGCGGCUAACCAGUGGUUUGUAUCUUACAGUGUAGCCUCUGUAUUUCUGUUAAUGAAGUCUUCUGAGGACAGUGGUCAUUGACAAAUCCACACCUGACUCCUGAAGAGUGUUUCUGAUCUGUUAGACAGGAGUUUGGGGAUUUUUCUUUAAGCUAGAGAAAAUAUUAAUUCUCCUGUCAUCAGCUGUGGAGGUUUUCCUUGGCCUGCCAGACCUUUUGCAAUUAGUAAGCUCACCAGUGCUCUCUUCUUAAUGAUGUUCCAAACAGUUGAUUUUGGAUCAGCCAAACCUAAGGUUUGGCUGAUGUUUCUUAACAAUUUUAUUCUUGUUUCUCAGUCUCAUAAUGGCUUCUAUGACUUUCAUUGGCCCAACUUUGGUCUUCAUGUUGAUAAACAGCAAUAAAAGUUUCCAAAGGUGAUGGAAAGAUUGGAGGAAAGACCAGGUGCUGAGAGCUCUCUUAUACCUGCAUUAUGGAGGCAAUUAAACACGCCUGAGCAAUUACAAACACCUGUGAAGCCAUGUGUCCCAAACAUUAUGGUGCCAUGAAAUGGGGGGGACUAUGUAUAAACACAGCUGACAUUUCUACAUGGUGAAACCAAAAUGUAUAAAAAUGGCAUUUAAUAAAAUCUGACAAUGUGCACUUUAACCACAUGUACAUUUUUCUAUUACAGAUCACAAAUUAUGGCGUACAGAGCCAAAUAAAUAAAUGACGGGUCUUUGUCCCAAACAUUAUGGAGGGCACUGUAUACCUACGUCAGUCAGAUCCAUGAGUCUGGUUUGACUGGAAACACUGGUGUUCAGCCGCGUAAACUGAGUUAAGCAAGAAGAAGAGGAAGUCGAAGAUGCCACCACCGACAUCCCCACAGGAGUUUGUGCCCCCGGACGGUGGCUGGGGAUGGGCCGUGGUUGUUGGAUCUUUCAUUGCAAUUGGAUUUUCCUACGCAUUUCCAAAAGCCAUCACCGUGUACUUCAAGGAGAUUCAGACGAUCUUUGGUGCCUCGUACAGCCAGAUUGCAUGGAUCUCCUCCCUGACGCUUGCUGUAAUGUAUGCCGGAGGGCCCAUCAGCAGUGUCCUGGUCAACAAGUAUGGAUGUCGUCCAGUGAUGAUGGGGGGAGGAGUAUUAUGUUCAAUUGGAAUGAUAGCUGCUUCGUUUUGCAAUAGCGUUCUCGGGCUUUUUAUGUGCGUGGGAUGCAUCACAGGUCUUGGAUUGGCUUUCAAUCUUCAACCAGCCUUAACAAUGAUUGGGAAGUAUUUCUACAAGAGACGCCCCAUUGCGAAUGGAAUCGCAAUGGCUGGUAGCCCAGUGUUCCUGAGCACUUUUGCACCUCUGAAUCAGUACUUGGUCAAUGUCUUUGGUUGGAGAGGCAGUUUCAUUAUCCUGGCUGGAAUGCUCUUGAACUGCUGUGUGGCGGGAUCCUUAAUGAGGCCCCUAAAACCCACAAAAUCCACAGUGGUGAUAGACGCACAGGUUACUACUCCAAAGAAGGACGAGAGCAAAGAUGUGGGAGAUGGACUGCUGCAGGUAAAGAAAAAGCAAACGUUCUUUGCAAUGUUUAGCCAGCAACUAGACCUCAGCCUCUUCAAGCAUCGGGGGUUUCUGAUCUAUCUAUCGGGCAACGUCAUCAUGUUUUUUGGCUUCUUUUCUCCAAUUGUAUUUUUGGCUCCUUACGCCAAGCACAUGGGAAUAGAUGAGUAUUCUGCCGCAUUCCUGCUUUCCAUUCUAGCUUUUGUAGACAUGUUCGCCAGGCCCAGCAUGGGGCUGCUUGCAAACUCCAAAUGGGUCAGACCAAAGAUCCAAUACUUCUUCAGUUUUGCCGUCCUCUCCAAUGGCUUGUGUCACGUCAUGUGCCCGUUUGCGAGUGACUAUACAGGCCUUGUGAUCUAUGCAAUCUUCUUUGGGUUUGCCUUCGGAAUGGUGAGCGCCGUUCUUUUCGAAACGCUGAUGGACUUGGUUGGUGCCAAGAGGUUCUCCAGUGCCGUGGGACUUGUCACCAUUGUAGAGUGCUGCCCUGUUCUUCUGGGACCUCCACUGGCAGGAUGGUUGGUGGAUGUAACACAAGAUUACAGGUACAUGUACCUGGUGUGUGGAUGCAUUGUGAUUCUAGCGAGCGUCUAUUUAUUUAUUGGAAAUGCCAUCAACUACCAUUUGCUGGCAAACGAAAAGAAGAUGGAGGAGGAGGCAAUGAAAGCAUCUCCGGAUGAUGCAGAACUAAAAGAUGUCUGUGAGAACGCGCCAAGCAGUGAUGCUGACGAUAUUGAAAUCAAUCCCCAGAUGCUGCUGGCUAAUUCCUCUGAGAAAGAAACUAAUGUCUAAUCUAACCCACUGAUCUGCUGUUUCUUUUCUCCCAGUGUUCACUUGAAAUUGCGUGUCAAGAGUAUGUCAGUCUCUAGGUAGGUAUAAAUCCAGGGCUCUAACAGGGGGUCAGUAUUUUCAGCCGCAGAUCAUUUGCUAAUCCUUGGGGUGUGAAGGAUAACCCUUCCGAGUCCCAGGAAUCACCCAAAUUUAAAGUUGUGGUCAUAGAUAUUUCUGCGUCUCUUUGCACUGUUAUUGCUCUACGCUGCGGUUUGGCAGGGAGGUAAAGUAUUCCGAAAUGGUCAGUGUGCAAGAGGGGAAUAUCUCCAACAUGUUCCAUUCAAACGAUCAUCUACUAUUAUGCCGACAAUUUUCAAUCUGCACCGUUUUUGUUGCCGAUGGGCAAUUUUCAGAGAGUGGCAGCAAAAACACUGAGGGCAGGAGUUCAUUUCUGACUGAGCACAACUUGAUGUUACUAUGCACUAUUUUUUUUUUGUAUAUGCAAUCCAAGGUAUCUGUGCUAGGAACUGUGCAAAUUAACAUAACAGCGAACCGCAGCUGCAGACUGCAGACUGCAGAGAGCAUGCAAGAGUGUCGGCAGUGCACGCUAAAUGCGGAAGAGGGCACUAGACUGAGAAUAAUCAAAGAUUAGUUGCCAUGCUUCUUCAUGAGGAGAUGACUCUUGCUAAUCAAGCCUCUAGAGACUUGACUACAGCCUUUCAUUAAGUUUGACUUUCAGGAAACCUAAUGAAGAGCAAAAGGCUCUUGCCAGUACAAGUCUCUCAUUCUGAGAUUAAAUAGAUUAAAGCCCGGUAAACAAACCAAAUUGAGCCAUGCCACUCAAAACAAAAGACUAACUAAAUGGAAGAGGGAGCUUGAGGACAGAGGCUCCGAAGCCUAGAUUUUCUAAUCAAUGUUGAUUUAGCAACAGCAGUGACCCAUUUAUUUUUUUUAAAUAAUGUCAAUUGGAAAAUCUAAGCUUUAUUCAUUUUCAAGUGAAAUCAAUGCUGAAUUAAUCAUAGGGUUUUGAAGAUCCUCGGUGAAAAUGUAUUGAGGAAUGACCACCCAAUUUUUCAGUGUCAUUCAACUCCAGGUCAACACCACCUCGUAGUUUAACACCAGUUGACUUAUCAUCAAAUCUUGUUUGAUCACCAUCUGUGGGAUAUUUGGCUAAGUUUCUUUUAAAAAAUGCUAGAAAUUGGCAAAUGCCCACAAUAAAUCGCAAUAGGUUUGUCGAUAAAUAUGGAUUAAGGCCUCUGGUGCUCUCCUUAGAUCAUCGCUGAAGCAUUUUAUAAACUAUAGUUACUGUUGCCAAUUCCGACCUGUGGCUACUAACCCAUAGGUACUGGGUGCCCUACAGCUAACAUAUUACAUUUCCUUGUACCAAAGCCUCUUACCCUUCACCAAAAACGUCUCACAAGUAAAAUUAGCGUGUUGUCUAAGUUGAUUGUAUUAUAAUUCAAUUAAAUGAAUAUCAGGGCCAUUAGUUUUGGAAUUAAUUAAGGCUUAUUGUUUGUAUUUAAAUUUUAUAUUGUAAUAUUUUCAAGACACAGGACUAAAUUUUACAGUUCAUUUAACCAAUAGCAAUUUUGUGGGAUAAUUGUAUGCACUCUUGAGAAAAUAAAUAGUGAAUGACAUAACCGGAAAUCCUCAUCGUAGAGUAAGUUUAGCUUAGUGGGUGUAAGAAGUGUUAACAAAUUAAUUUGGUGCAUCCUCCUUUUGAUUUCUACUCCUUUGUGAGUGGGGAAGUAUUUGCACUUUCUGAACAGCAAUAAAACAGUUUGAUGACCAUGGUCUCACCACCGUUAUUAACCUUAUGCACUGCUUUGUGAUCAUAGCAAGACAAUGAGCACCAUUAACCUUGGGCACUUUCUAAAUUUAACACUAUCCCCAUCAUAGCCUGCACAGUGCCUGCAGAAUUUGGAAGCUCAUCUGACUGAGAUCAAUUGAUCUUGGUUUCUUCUACCACAUAAGAACGCACCAUGAGGGAGAAUCUUUCCAGUUAAUACCAAAGGGGUCGGUGGAAUAUUGGUAUUAUCCUGCCCACUAUGACCUCUGAUUGACCACAUUUGGGGUGAGGCACAGAGCCAGCAUUGCGUCUGAUCCCAGUACUUAGGCUAAAAUGCAUCUGUAUGUCAGAGAAGCAGAUUUACUGUUCGAAACUGGCAUCUAAAGGCAAGAGUGUACAGGUUUAAGCUGAGGGGAAGGAGUUUUAAAGGUGGUCUGAAGGGUGAGUUUUUUUUUUACAUAGAGAGUGUUUAGAGAUACAGUGUGGAAACAAGCACUUCGGCUGACCAAGUCCGCGCAGACCAGCGAUACCCGCACACUAGCACUAUCCUACACACUAGGGACAAUUUACCAUUUUCACCAAAGCCGUCGUUCAAGUAUGAGAGGAAACUGGAGCACCCGGAGAAAACCCACGCAGUCACGGGGAAAACGUACAAACUCCGUACAGACAGAACCUGCAGUCAGAUCGAACCCGGGUCUCUGGCGCUGUAAGGUAGCAGCACUACCGCUGCGCAACCGUGCCGCCUUUUAACGUGAGGCAUAAAGCCAACAUUGCGUCGGAUCUCAGCAUUUAGGCUAAAACUCAUCUGAAUGUCGGUAAAGUUCCAAACCAAUAUCAAAAAGCAAGAAGGUACAGGUUAAAGCUGAGGAGAGGAAGGUUUAAAGGUAGUCUGAAGGGAAAGUUUUUUUUUUAACAGAGCGUGGGUGAUCUCAGGAAUGCACUGCCGGAGGUGGUGUUACCUGGCAAACUGUUAUAUGUAAAAGGCAUUUUGAUAGAUACGUAAAUAGGCAUGGAAUAGAAGGGUAUGGUCCUUCUAUGCAGGCAAAUGGGAUUACUGUAGAGGACCGUAAGGUGGGCACGGUUGUGCUGGGCUGAAGGGCCUGUUUCUCUACUGUAGAAAUCUAUGAUUAUAUGACUCUAAUGACAUAUCACUUUUCAACUUCAAGAACUAUGUACAUAUUUGAAGGUAAGAUCAAAAUGGAGAAAAUGUUAAAUGUAAUCAUUAUCUAUCAGAUAUCAUUGAUGGAGAUUUUUUAGUGCAAUAGUUACAUUAUUAGAUAGAAAUGAAAAGAUUUGGAGACUUGACUUGAAAUUCUUCCAUGCCGCUUUGGAAUUUUAAUUGUUAAAUAUGUCAUCUGCCAUAAAAAGCCAAUAUCAAUAACGGUGAAACUGCUGAAUUAUUGUAACCAUCUAGUUGAUGAGCUAUUGUACGAUCCAAAAUUCAUAUCCAUCCUGACCAACACGGGUCUCCAAAUCCAGGUUCAUUAUUACCUGCCAUCUGAAAUAGCCUAGCAUUAAAAGUUUACUAGAGAAUUAAUUGCUGGCCAUUCAGUCGGACUGAAGGUGACAUAUUCCAACCAGCAGUUCAAAAAAGGUAUUUGAACACCACCUUAUCAAGACCACACAGGAGCCAGCAAUGAAUGUUAACCUUGCUAACAAUACCCAUAUCCUAUGGUAACAUUGAAGAUAAAUGCCUAAAGGUUCAUUCCCUGGUUGAUCACAUGAAUCCCUUUAUAUAGUUGUGUGUCAGCACAUUGUAUUCCACCUCUGAGAUUCAUUCCAUUGACGUCAGUGUGUAGUGCAGUACCCUGAUCAGAUUACAUUCAGCACUACCAUAUAGGAAUGAAGUUCAAAGCCAGUGAGCUUCAUUUAAAUAUGUGGCCACUAAUACUUAACUGUUGCACUCCACUUUGGUAAGAGAAAAUAAACCACUGGAAAACUCACUUAAGAACAUACCCACCCCUCAUCAAAAGCACAGUAUAAUCUCAAUUUAUCAGUAAAUCGUGUAAGUGUAAGAUUAGCUUCCUAUUGUCUGGUCAAGAGUCAAGAGUGUUUUAUUGUAAUUUGCCCCGAAACAGAACAAUGGAAUUCUUACUUGCAGCAGCACAACAGGCAUGUAAACAUAGCGUGUAGGGAAGGAUGCUUGUUUAAACCGAAGAUAGACACAAAAAGCUGGGGUAACUCAGCGGGACAAGCAGCAUCUCCGGAGAGAAGGAAUGGGUGAUGUUUCAGGUCGAGACCUUUCUUAAACAUAGUACAUAGUACACCAUAAAGAUUUUUUUUUUUAAAGUUCAGUACAUAUAUAUACAAAAACAAACAAUAAUAGUGCAAAGUCAAAACCAAUGCCCCCAAGUCUAUGUAGUUCAGAGGUUAUUUGGAGGUUGUCCGCAUAAUAGUCUGAUGCAUUUUGGGAAGAAACAGGCCCUUUGGCCAACCAAGUCAAUUCCGACCAGCGAUCACCUCUAGACUUGUUCUAUCCUACACACUAGGGUCAAUUUACAGAACCAAUUAACCUACACACCUGUAUGCAUUUGGAGCGUGGGAGGAAAGUAGAGCACCCAACGAAAACCCACGCGGGCACAGAAAGAACAUAAAACUCCAUACAGACAGCACCCGUAGUCAGGAUUGAACCUGGGUCUCUUACACUGUAAGGCAGUAACUCUACCGCUGCGCUGCCCCUGGUGGAGGCUUAGUCUCAGUGUAUACACCACCUUGCUAUUCAGUACCACCUAAUACUGGGAAGUAAAUACAUCAGUAAUCCGUACUCUAGCAUACAAGCAAAGAUUUUUUUUUUCCUCAAUGAAGUUUCUUUGAGGUUUCUGGAAUGCUUUGCUUUGAAUCACAUUGGUAUGCAAUUUUUUUUGAGACUUGAACUGGUAUCCCAUUCCUUCUCUCCAACAUCUCCCGCUGAGUUACUCCAGCAUUCUGUGUCUGUCUACGGUUUGAAAAUGUGGUUUCAUUCUUAAAAGUUCCCCGCUCUAAAUCCUGAUGAGUUAAUUAUGUGGUGAUUUUGUCAGUCUAAGAAAGCUUGUCAGCUGCAGUAGACCUGAAUAUCAUCAGAAAUGUUUAGCAUCCGUGGACCAAUGUGUUAUCCUUUAUUGACAGCCUCACACAUAGACUAACCGUUAAGUGAUCCACACCAAAUGGUAUUAGCCUCUGUUUCUAUUAGACGGGUAACAUUUGCUUCAAAGAAACAUAAUUUAUUAAACUUCAUUUUGGAAUUAAAUAGUAGCAGAUCAAAUCAAAUUAACCC